CACACACUAUAUCUCUCAUUCACGCCAAAAUCGAUCUCAUUCUCUCUCUUUCUCUCAAUUUCUUCCCCUAACUACCUCUAAUAUCUCUCUCUACCUGUUCAAUUCAGUUGGGUACAUUUCAAAUUCAUGUAGAUUCGAAAGUUAUGUGAACGCAUGCUUUUCUGUUCUUGAACUUGCCUGUUCAACUUAAACUCGUCUUUUCUUCUUCGUAUUAUAAUGUAAGAGCAAAGUAAGUAAUUUGUUCAUCAUUUUCUCUCUUUAGCUAUUGUCCAUUAGCAAUACUCAUGUGAAUCUUCCUUUUCCGUAUUUUCAUCAUGAGUUCUCGCUAAUUUCACCCCAAGAAUAGAGCCUACUUCAAUUCUGGCAAUACCCAUUUGCUUCAAACUGCUUUAGAUCAGUUUGCGUUCCUCUUUGAUAAAUGGGUGUACGCUAAAUUCGGGUUUUGGCAGUGGUCAGUUUUUGAACUUCUUUGAGGUUUCAGAUAUCCCGCGAUUUGAUUUACAGACAUGUAAUUCGUACGCUGGUUGAUAUUGCAUUGUUACUGUUCGAUGAUUUGCCUCCAAGAACAAGAGUUUAGAAAGAUGAUGGAUUAUGUUCUUCCGAUGGAUCAAACUUAAAUUGAGAUUUUUGUGAAUGGAGGAUAUGUUGAUGAAUUCUUUUCGUUAGUAACUUUCCCUCUCAUUUGCCUAUGGAGUUUAAAUAGGGAAGUCCACCUUCAUCUAGUUCACAUUCAUCACUAAUUUAUUCUUCUGAUAUUCUUACCAAAACCUUUUAUAUUCAUUCUUUUAUGAACCCCCAAGAUGUAAUCAUCAGCAAGUGUAUAUAGAUUUUUACUAUCAUGAGCUUCAUCAGGGGUGAUCCUUAUAGUCAUAUACACCAAACUUACUAAUUCAACAAAAGAUUUCAACCAUCACAAUGAAGUAAAACUCCUUUUGUUUCUGCCCAUUUCUAGACGCAUUCGUUUGUUUUGAGUUAUUAGUAAUAGUAUCAGCCUUCAACUUUUUAUUGUUGCCAUUCCUAUUUCAAGUUUGUUUUUCAAAAAAGAGAAACAUUCAUCAUGGAAGAAACAUUUGUUCCCUUUCGUGGAAUCAAGAAAGAUCUCAAAGCCAGACUACUGUGCUACAAGCAAGACUGGACAGGUGGCAUCCGUGCGGGAAUCAGGAUAUUAGCUCCAACAACUUACAUCUUCUUUGCUUCAGCAAUUCCAGUUAUAUCUUUUGGGGAACAACUAGAAAGAGACACGGAGGGUAGUCUAACUGCAGUUCAAACUCUAGCAUCAACAGCAAUAUGUGGCAUCAUACAUGCUAUAGUUGGAGGACAACCACUGCUUAUUCUAGGAGUUGCAGAGCCAACAGUGUUGAUGUACACGUUUAUGUUCAAGUUUGCAAAAGAUCAAAAGGAUUUAGGGCAACCCCUUUUUCUAGCUUGGUCUGGAUGGGUUUGCGUUUGGACUGCUUUUUUGCUGAUUUUGCUUUCUAUUCUGGGUGCCUGCUCAAUUAUCAAUAGAUUCACACGUGUAGCUGGUGAGUUGUUUGGUCUUCUAAUCGCAAUGCUAUUCAUGCAACAGGCUAUUAAAGGAGUUGUGGAGGAGUUUGGUAUUCCAAAAAGUGAGGAUCCAAAUCAACCUGCUUUUCAACCUUCUUGGCGAUUUGGGAAUGGAAUGUUUGCACUGGUUUUGUCCUUCGGUCUUCUUAUUACUGCUUUGAAGAGUCGCAAAGCAAGGUCAUGGCGUUAUGGAACAGGAUGGUUACGUGGAUUGAUUGCGGAUUAUGGUGUCCCUUUUAUGGUGGUUGUUUGGACUGGUGUUUCAUAUAUGCCAGUUAAUGAUGUCCCAAAUGGGAUCCCAAGGCGGCUUUUCAGCCCCAAUCCAUGGUCUCCUGGUGCAUAUACAAACUGGACUGUUGCCAAGGUGCCUCCUGUUUAUAUUGUUGGAGCUUUUAUUCCAGCAACCAUGAUUGCAGUGCUUUACUAUUUUGAUCAUAGUGUUGCAUCUCAACUUGCUCAACAAAAAGAGUUCAAUUUAAAGAAACCUUCUUCAUAUCAUUAUGAUCUCCUUCUUUUGGGCUUUCUGACUAUUCUAUGUGGGCUAAUUGGCAUUCCUCCUGCAAAUGGAGUUAUUCCACAAUCUCCAAUGCAUACAAAGAGCUUAGCCACUCUAAAACAUCAGCUUCUACGAAGGAAACUUGUGGACACUGCUCGAAAAAGUAUAAACAAAAGUUCAAACUUGAGUGAGCUAUACGAGGACAUGCAACAAGCAUACAACGAAAUGCAGACUCCACUCGUUUAUCAAAAUCCAUCAAGUCUGGGACUGAAAGAGCUAAAAGAGUCGACAAUUCAGCAAGCAUCGAGUAGUGGUUACAUAAACGCACCAGUUGAUGAGACUGUAUUUGAUGUCGAUAAAGAUGUCGAUGAUCUUUUACAUGUUGAAGUGAAAGAACAACGACUUAGCAAUGUGCUACAAGCGUUAAUGGUAGGUGCGUGUGUUGCUGCGAUGCCUGUUCUUAAAAAGAUCCCGACUUCAGUUCUUUGGGGGUAUUUUGCUUUCAUGGCGAUCGAGAGUUUACCGGGGAAUCAAUUUUGGGAGCGGAUUUUAUUGCUUUUCACUGCUCCAAGUCGAAGAUACAAGGUUUUGGAAGAACAUCAUGCGACGUUUGUGGAAACUGUACCUUUCAAGACUGUUGCUGCUUUCACAUUGUUUCAGACGGCUUACUUAUUUGCGUGUUUUGGCAUAACGUGGAUUCCGAUUGCUGGUGUUCUUUUCCCACUUUUGAUCAUGCUUCUUGUUCCUGCGAGGCAAUAUUUGCUUCCUAAGUUUUUUAAAGGUGCUCAUCUUCAAGAUUUAGAUGCAGCUGAAUAUGAAGAAGCCUCAGCCACACCUUACAAUAUGGCCUUCGGUGACGAUGAGACUCCAGCAAGAACUACCCAAGUGGAUAGUGCAGAAGUACUCGAUGGAAUUAUAACAAGAAGCCGAGGAGAGAUACGCCACACAAGCAGUCUAAAGAUAACAAGUUUGACCCAAACUCCAAUACAAGAUAUGAAGCCUAUGUAUAGUCCAUGUCUCGCACAAAGGGUUUAUAGUCCACAUUUAAACGAGUUAAGGGGACUACAAAUCAAGAAAACUCCAAGUCCACGUUCAUCUAUCCUUGGUCAAACCAGUAAUGGUUCAUCGUCUUGCUAAAAAAUUAGUUGUGUGCUUAUGUUCAAAUCAUGGUUUUGUAGGUGUUAUGUUUCUUUAUAAUGUAUGUACUUUGUGGAAAGAGUGUACAUUGUCUCUUUAUUAUCUAAUUUCAUGUAUGUAUGCAUAGGUGGGCAGAAAACAUAUUACCAAAUUUAUAAUGGAA